AUGAUUGUAGACCUCGGUACACUCACUGCUUUUGGCCAGGCUGCCCAGAUGAAGUCAACCCAAGACUUCAGUUGCAACACCAGCUCUGCAGCGACUCUUCGAGCAGUCUACCACCAGAUUCAGGACGCUUUUCACUUGGGCAAAGUCAGUCGGUCAAAAUUCUCCGUUGACGCCGUACUCGACCCUAAGACAUGA